ACGGUGUCUCCUUCACUUCGCCCUCCAGCCGCGGCACCUGCAGCUCUACUUUGAGCGAGUCGGGCGGCCUCAGCUGCGAGCAGAGCGGCGCGGCGGCCCUUCUCGGAGACCACCAGAUCUCUUCCCUCGUCUCGCCAUGGCGACCUACGGGCAGAGCUGCGCGCGGCCAAUGUGCAUUCCUCCAUCCUAUGCUGACCUUGGUAAAGCUGCCAGAGAUAUUUUCAACAAAGGAUUUGGUUUUGGGUUGGUGAAACUAGAUGUGAAAACAAAGUCAUGCAGUGGAGUGGAAUUCUCAACAUCUGGUUCAUCAAAUACAGACACUGGUAAAGUUACUGGGACCUUGGAGACCAAAUAUAAAUGGUGUGAGUAUGGGCUGACUUUCACAGAAAAAUGGAACACUGAUAAUACUCUGGGAACAGAAAUCGCAAUUGAAGACCAGAUCUGCCAAGGUUUAAAAUUGACUUUUGAUACUACCUUCUCACCAAACACAGGAAAAAAAAGUGGUAAAAUCAAGUCUUCUUACAAGAGGGAGUGCAUAAACCUUGGUUGUGAUGUUGACUUUGACUUUGCUGGACCUGCAAUCCAUGGUUCAGCUGUCUUUGGUUAUGAGGGCUGGCUCGCUGGGUACCAGAUGACCUUCGACAGUGCCAAAUCAAAGCUGACAAGGAAUAACUUUGCUGUGGGCUACCGGACCGGGGACUUCCAAUUACACACUAAUGUCAAUGAUGGGACAGAAUUUGGAGGAUCAAUUUAUCAGAAAGUGUGUGAAGAUCUUGACACUUCAGUCAACCUGGGUUGGACAUCAGGAACCAAUUGCACUCGCUUUGGCAUUGCUGCUAAAUACCAGUUGGAUCCCACCGCUUCCAUUUCUGCAAAGGUCAACAACUCUAGUUUAAUUGGAGUGGGGUACACUCAGACUCUGAGGCCUGGUGUCAAGCUUACACUGUCAGCUCUGGUAGAUGGGAAAAGCAUUAAUGCUGGAGGCCACAAACUUGGGCUUGCCCUGGAAUUGGAGGCUUAAUCCGGCUGAAGACACCUCUGGGAAUGGAUAUCAGAAGAUUUGGCCUUAAUAUAUUUCCAUUGUGACCAGCAGGCUUUUCCCACUCUCCUCACAAAGGUGAUCAAAACAAAGGAUGAUCUAAACAAGAGCUGUAUUUUAAAUAUUUAGACAGUUACUUGUUUCUAGUUGAAUUGGUUAUCUGUCUAGUUACCAAUGCUGCAGCCUUGCAGUCACCUAUACAUUAUUUAAAUGUAUUUAACUGUUAAAUGCGCUACCCACCAGUAAUGAAAUAGAUCUUUAUGAAAACUGUG